GUGUCUGAUGGUGGUGCUACUGAAAAUGAGGAAAAAGCUCCUUUAAAUGGCUCAUACCAUUUUUGACAGCGGGGGGGACGGCGGCAUUAGCUAUUUCCAAAAAUGAUCGCGUUCCGCUCAUAUCUGCUCCACAUUUAAAAUGGCCAUUGUAAUUCUAAUAUACACAUUGUUGUUUCAUUUACGUACCGAAAUAUUACACAAUGACACCGGUCUGGGGAGUCACGUCUAGCGCUGAGCGGUUCCGGAUAUCCCUGUAUUUACAAACACAGUUUUAGCUUAAGUAGCGGUGGCUGUCCCCUUCAGAGGGCUAAUGAACUGAGCAAAGCGAACAUUUAAGACGUUUUAAAGGAUUUCCAUGGUCAGUAAGGCGAGCCUGUGAGGUGGGUCGGACAUGUUUGCGACCACGGCCAGCGACGACCGCCGCGCGGGCCCUGUAGGCGACGCCAAGCCGCCUCACCCCGCCGCAACGACGGAAUACUGCGCAAAGUUGCAGCAGUGGAUGUGGCAGUAUUACUGGGGUUAUGCCAGCUGGCAGAGCUGGCUGGCUCUGUCAGCCUUCCCGCCGCCGUGCGGGUUCCCUCCGCCGGGGGCAGGCGCUCACGCACCGGGGACACCCGCCUCGACCUCCGGCGGCGGCGGGCAGCAGGGAUUCGACACGGGGAACUGGUACAGCUACCCGUAUCCGCUCGGUUUCCCGGCAUCCUCCCCUCACCCUGCGCAGACGGAGCACAGCUCAGCCGCCGCGCCAGCCUCAGCAGCUGAUACCCGACCGGCCCAGCAGCAGCAGCAGCAGCAGCAGCAGCAGCAGCAGCAGAACGGGAAUCCAGCUCAGGCAGGACGGGAGUACACCAUCCCCUCUCCCCUCCAGAGGUUCCUGGCCGAGACGGUGGACUUCUUCAUCCUGUUUUGUGUGAAGGCCACCAUCGUGCUGUGGAUCAUGCACCUGAGCGGGAUGAAGGACAUUGCCAAAUUCAUUACCCACUUCAUUGUGGAGGAGAUCGACGAGAACACGUCCAUGGAGGACCUGCAGAAGAUGAUGGCCGUGGCUCUGGUCUACAGGGUGCUGGUGUGCGUCUACGAGACGAUCUGUAUUUGGGGCGCUGGUGGUGCCACGCCGGGGAAGUUCCUGCUCGGCCUGCAAGUGGUGACCUGCGACACGUCCACUCUGGUCCGGCCCAACCGGGUCCUCGUCGUCCCUGCGUCUAACGUCUCCCUCUCGGCCUCCACGGUGCGGGCGCUCAAUAAGAACUUCUCCAUCGCCUUCCUCUUUCCCGUCUUCAUCACCCUCCUCUUCUUCCAGCACAACAGGACUGUGUACGACAUCGUGGCGGGGACCAUCGUGGUCCAGCGCAGAGGGGGCAGAUAGCCUCGCCUCCGGUAACAGACUCUGAUAGACUCGACAGAAGUGCUUCAGGACCGCUGUGUGCUGGGGGAAAAAAAAAAGCGAGUCCAAUCUCCUCAGUGGGUCAAAGAAGGACCCAAACUGCACUGGAUGCCUACCGGAUCGGACCUGGUACGUUGGAAACAGAAGAAUCCAGCCAUACAUUUUUAUUGGUGCAAGGUUGUUUUUAACUAUUGAGUCAACAAAUAAGCUAUCAGGAAACCCUCUGAAGUAUUGUGACGUUUGAGAAACGCAAAGAAGAGUGCAAGAAUUUUCUUCAUGUGAUCUUAAUUCGCUUGCUAUCGCUUAAUAUAUUUUUUAAUUUAUUUUCCUGAAAUCUAAAAUCCUGUAUGUGUGGGAUUUAUAGUGACCACCAGUGGCCGGACCAGGAAAAAAACCCAAGUAGCCCACCAGGUUUCACCAUUAUUGUCUAAUUAUCAAGCAUUUUUGGAAUGAUUUUGCCAGAGAUGGGCUGUAAAUCAGGAUUUAACAUCAUCAACUUAUUGACUUCAUGCUCCUUUUUCUACGCAUUGUUCUGUUCUUCAAGGUAAUAAUGGUGAACCAAAUGUUUGUGACCACUCAGACUGAGGAAGAAUAACACCUGGCUUAUUUGUAACUUUUCUCUGUGCCUCUGGAUAUUUUAAUGAAGACGUUUUUGUUUUAUUAUCUUUCUGUCACAGUGAAAUGUAACAAUGACUUUCCUUCCCAGGUGUCAAACCCAAGAAAUCCUGUUUUGUUCAUAUUUUCUGUCUUCAGACUUGUGCUUCUUUUGACUCAGGGCAGAGCCGCUGAGUGUGAAAUGCUGCUGGUAUUAAAGAUGAUGAAUGGUUUAUUAACACA